AGUCGGGCAGGAGUGCAAUCUGGAUGCGAACGGAGGGGAGAACAGUUGAGGCGCUCCGAGAACUUUGAAUUUCGUUCAGUUUGGAAAAGGAAAUUUCAGGAGGAAAUUAAGAUUCGAAUAAUGGAUUUUAUGGCAUUCCGUUGUUGUGUUCUAUUGGGAAUUUUAUUGGCAGGCGUGACCCAUGGGCUGGAGAUCACCUCGGGGGGGCCCACGACCAUCGAGAAGGCCAGCGGCGAGAGCGUGAAGCUGGACUGCCGCUUCUCCCUGGCCCCCGAGGACUCCGGGCCCCUGGACAUCGAGUGGAGCCUGGUGGCCCCCGACAGCCAGAAGGAGGACCGCGUGAUAAUCCUGUACUCCGGCGACCGGGCUUACGAAGAUUACUACGUCCCCAUGAAGGGGCGCGUCCACUUCAACUCGGCCGACCCCAAGGACGGCGACGCCUCCAUCAACCUGACGGGCCUGAAGGCGGCCGACACCGGCACGUUCCAGUGCAAGGUGAAGAAGGCCCCGGGCAUCAAGAGCAGGAAGAUACAGCUGACCGUCAUGGUCAGGCCAUCCAAACCCCGGUGCUUCUCCGAGGGGACGUCCCACGAAGGGAAGGACGUGGUUCUGAAGUGCCUGUCGGCCGAGGGCACCAGCCCCAUGAAGUACUCCUGGGAGAAGACCACCGACUCCAAGCUGCUGCCUGCUAGCGCCAAGCUAGACCCCCUGACCGGAACCAUGAACGUGAAGAACGCGUCGGCCAGCGCCUCCGGCACGUACCGCUGCACCGCCUCCAACCGCGUGGGGACCGAUGAGUGCCUCCUGACCCUGCGAGUCACGCCCCCUCCCAACACGGCGGGCAUCAUCGCCGGGGCGGUGAUCGGCGUCCUCCUGGCCCUCAUCCUCAUCGCCAUCAUCCUCUUCUGCUGCUGCCGCGCCCGCAACAAGAAGAAGUACGAGAAGGAGACGUCCUACGAGAUCAGGGAGGAUGUGCCCCCUCCUAAGAGUCGGGUGUCGACGGCGCGCAGCUUCACCAGCGUGGGGAGCCAGCGCUCGUCCCUGGGCUCCAUGUCGCCCUCCAACCUGCACGAGUACGCCCUCAAGACCCAGUACAACAAGAUCCCCUCCGAGGAGUACGACCGGCCCCCCAGCCAGGCCCCCGUGCCUCCGCCGGGCCGCUUGGCGGGCCCCAACCUCAGCCGCAUGGCGGGGCCCAACCUCAGCCGCAUGGGGGCCGUGCCCGUCAUGGUGCCCGCCCAGAACCGGGACGGCUCUAUCGUGUAGCGGGGGCCCCCCAUCACACCCCCCCCACCCCCUCACCAGCUCUGGGGGUCACACGGUCAUGACUCACGCACGGUACCACGGCGACCGUGGCCCCAGCCAAUAACACUGCGCCUAGCACGCUGUACAUGAGCCACUGUGCUACAGAUAAUGACAUGCAGUACCACUACAAACAAACAAACAAACAAACAAACAUGUACGUGUGAAUUUUACUUCCUGACAAAAUGUUUUUGAACGAUGACCUCUGAUACUCUGUUCGCCUUUCUGUACAUAGUAGAAUGCAUGAUGGCUUUUUAAGCUUAGGUCACCCUGUCUGUAGAGUGGUGAAGACACUCAAAUGAUCUGCCAUUGAAAUGUUUUCCACUUGUAUUGUACAUAAGUGCAUACCUAGAUAUGGACGCAUACAGAAGUAGAUACUCUUCGGUUUCCUUAUUCUUGAACCUUUCUUUUGGUUAAAAUUACUACAAUGUUUCUUUUUUUUUGCUGCAGUUUUCUCUUGUAAAUCUUGGUUUAGAUCAGUGUUAAAACUUGGGGUGUUUUUAUCUUUUUUAAAUAUCUGCUUAGCUGUUUUUAACAAGUGCUGACAGGCAAAUCGGUCUGAUUUGUACAGAGUGGAGGGAAAAAAGGCGAAGUUUUAAAGGAAAAUUAUUAUAUUAUCUAUUUAUCCGGUUUUACUCCUUUGUGACUGUUGUCAAGGCAAGUCUCUUUGCUUUCCUGUUUAAUCCAGAAUUUUAAGUCGGUUUGUUUUGUGUCCCUGUUGCAAGAUGAUUCUCCAGCUCCACAGAGCAGUUACCUCGACCAUGCCUUUUGAAACAGGAGGGUCAGCCUAUCCUGGGGAGGUCAGUGGGGAGUAUGAGUGAUCAGGGCUUGUGAUUGGUCAAUUCCCUUUUUUUUCUUGGCGCUUAGUCUCAGAGACCCGCUGCCACUCCCAGUGGGGGGGCAGGGGGAGUGGGGGUGAUGAGGUUAAGUUCUCCUGAGUGAUCUGUGAUUGGCUGAUGGUCCCCAGCCCCCCCCCCCCUCACCUCAGUGUGACCUCUUUCACACCAUGCAUUCCAGACUGACAGUUAGGCUGCGCUAGGCUAGGCUAGGCUAGCUGAUCCCAGGCAACACUGUCCUCAGCAUUACCAGAACUCAGUGUCCCCCCAAAAGGGCUCGUUUCAUCCAUAUUUUCCACAAGAACCGCUUCCCCUAGGGUCUGAAUGGGUCACUAUGGAAACGCAGUCAUGCAUUUGACAUUAAGAGCAUCGCCCUUCUAGAAAAUUCACUUUUCAGAUGCUGAUUUGUCACACAUUACAGGGUCAAUGUGAAGUACUGGGUUUGCGCCCUCAUUUUAACGUUAUAAUGAAGGAUUUUUACCACUGAGUGUGUUCAUAGAUGUAUCUGAAUUAGAGUGCUUUUUAGAGGCUUUUUUAUAAAAUGGAAAAGCAGAUAUGAAGUAAAAUGAGGAAAGAAAAACAGAAGCGGGGAGAUCUGGAGGGGGGGGGGGGUCACUAAUUAAGGCAGCGAGAGCCUCGCCGUCGCGCGCGGACGCUACAAGCCAGCUGACCCCGCGGCGUCGGCCCCAGCGCCCCCCCCCCCCCCCUCCGUCCGCUCGCGGGACGCUGAGUGAUUGGCCGUACGGAGCCCCCGUCCCGUCCCGGGGCCCUCCCCCCCUGUGCCUUGUCAGUCGGCGUUUUGCGGCGCCGUCGCCUGCGGCAGUGUGCCGAGCCGGCCGGGCCGUGUCACCGGGUCUGGGUCAGGCACCGUCUGCAGAACCAGGCCCACAACUUUAGAGGAGAUAUUCACACUUUAUUUUAUUUUUUUAACCCCCCCAACCCCUCUGGUUAAAUUUUUUUUUCUAAUUGUAAAUAUGGUGUCGAGCUUUGGUUUCACACAAUAUGUUAACCCUGGAUAUUUUUUUUAUUUUUUAAAGGCAUUUCUAGUUAGAUUUUGGUUUCUUUUUUUUUAAUGUUUCUGAAGGACGUGUUUCAUUUGCGGACUUGGGUCUGAACGAAGGCGUGUGUAGUGCUCCUGCGGUGCCGUGUUUCUAAAAUCCAAAAAAAAGGAAGAAAAAAAAAGGGCGGGGGGGGUGGGAGUGUUUAUAGCUCUUGUCAUGUGGAUGAAGAUGGUGUGGGCUGAACUGAUGCACGUUUCCCCUUGCGCUGCUGAAAGAAUGCAAUGAACUUUCAGACAGGGGACAAUGUAGAGCGCAGCGCUUUCAGGCUGGUUUCGUGAAGGCAGUGCAUCCUCUCGGCCUCCAGCCGGCAUGCCCCCCCUCCAGCCCCCCCCCCCCCCCCCCCCCCCCCAGGGUUCAUCCGCCCAUGGAGGCACGGUUUGCUUUUUUAACUUGAUUUCAAGGUACGCCGAACCCCGCCACCCCACCCCGACCCACCACCUCUGUGCAUGUUGUGUUUCCCAGCCCCUGUCCUGUCCAGGAAGGCAGGUUUUCAUCCUCCCGGUCUCGGGCCCCAGGUGGACUGUAGAGCAGUGGGCAUGCGACUGCGGGAGAGCUGUGCGAAAGCAUUUAGGGGCCGUGGUAAAAGUGUACAGUCCCUUUUUCCUUUUUAGCAACGUUACUAAUAAUUGUCAUUUUUAAAACUGUGUAAUUCUUUUUGGUGUGCACGUGUAAAGCCACUUAGUUUUCUGUGUGUAUUUUUGUGCUGUAUUUUUAAGUAAUAAAAGAGAAAA